AUGGGACAGAAAUUUCAGGAUGCUGCUCCAAACGUGGCCCUGAGCAUGCUUGAAAACCCGUUUGGUGUAGAAUACCGAGUCACAACUUGCAGACAGGGGACGCUCUGCAGCAGAGUGCUGACUGUCCUUGUGGCAGUAUUCCUCGAGUGGGUCGGUGGUUGGCGGAUCGUGGCAGCUGCAGCAGCGGUGCACCUGCUGGCCUGGGCGCGGUCCCUGCGGCACGAGAGCCUGGUGGUGCUGGACGACAUCGGCAUUCGGCUGGAGUCCCACCGGGCAUGCUGGCCGCCUUCUAGGACCUUCCUGGAGGUCGACAGGAUCGAGGCCAUGGUUCUCAGCGAGGUCAUCUCCCUAAGCGGCGUCAAAUUCUACCUUGUGUUCAAACUUAAAGGCCGUUCAAAGCUGGCCGUCGCCUUCAGGGAGCUGGCGCCGAGGUUGCACAUCCUCAAGGAGGUGUACCGGGGCGUGCAUGCCACAGUUUUCUCAGGAGGCGAAAACGCCAAGGAAUGUUGCUGA